AUGGUGAAAAUUGAUCUUCAAAAGGCUUAUGAUUCGGUUGAAUGGCCGUUUAUAAAACAUUUAAUGCUUGAGUUGGGUUUUCCCUACAAAUUUGUAAAUUGGGUGAUGGCUUGUCUUACUACUGCUUCAUAUACAUUCAAUGUUAAUGGGGAUUUGACUAGACCUUUUGCUGCCAAGAAGGGUCUUAGACAAGGAGACCCUAUCUCUCCAUAUCUAUUUGUGAUAUGUAUGGAAUAUCUUAACAGAUGCCUUAUACAACUUAGGAAAAAUGCUGCUUUCCGGUUCCACCCUAGAUCUUUUAGCUUGUUUAGUGCUGCUUCUGGCCUUAAAGCAAAUCAGGCUAAGAGCUCAAUUUAUUUGGGAGGUGUAUCCAUGAGCGGUCAAGAUGCUAUUGUCACUAAGUUUAACCUCGUUAAAGGUGAGCUUCCUUUUCGGUUACAACUUAUCAAAUCAGUCUUGUUUGGUGUUCAAACUUAUUGGAGUCAGGUUUUUGUGCUUCCUCAGAAGGUGCUAAAACUUAUUCAAACAGCUUGUAGGGUUUUUCUCUGGACUGGAAAAUUUGGCACUUCCAAAAGAGCACUUAUUGCUUGGGAGCGUAUAUGUCUUCCUAAGACAGCUGGUGGGUGGAAUGGGAGGAAUGUGCUACUCAUGGAUGUGCCUGCACAAGCUUCAUGGGUAAUAAAAAAAGUCUUUGGUGCAGCAAAGACUAUUUCAAGUGUUGAUGGCAGUAUUUUUCAACAAGCUAAUUUCUCUAUUAAGAGAAUGUAUAAUGCUUUAAGAGGUGACUUUGCAAAGGUUGGUUGGAGGAAAAUGAUAUGUAAUAAUCCAGCCCCUCCAAAAUGUCUGUUUGUUACUUGGUUGAUUAUUCAUGCUAGAUUGCCAACUUGUGAUAGGAUGCUUAAAGUAGGUAUCCAAUGUGACCAAGUUUGCAUUUUGUGUACAAAGGAGAAUGAAACUCAUUCUCACCUCUUUUUUUCUUGUGAUUAUGCUGAUGCUGUUUGGAAAGGUGUUAUGAGAUGGAUGAAUAUGACGGUCAAUACUAGCAAUUGGCAUUCUAUUUUGCAAUAUAUUCAGUCUCAUUGUAACAGUAACAAUGGUAUGCAUCAAGCUCAUAUAAUGGUGUUGAGUGUGACCCUGUAUAUGAUCUGGAAGGAGAGGAAUGAUAGAAAAUUUCAGAAUUGUUACCGAUCUGUUCAACAACUCCUUAACCAAAUCAAAAUGGAUGCUUACAUUAGAGGAUUGCAAUUCAAGAAGGUGCAAACUCUGAUGAUUCGGGUGCGAGGCUAA